AUGGCUUUUGUCGACGAGCUGAGGGCACACAACUAUGGCGGGCGUUGGCGUAUCCUUCGGGCGAAUGCAUCCGGUGCAAAGUCCAACUUGUUGUGA